AUGCGCGCAGGACUCGGGAAGACCAAGGAGAAGAGCUUCGACCCACACGACCACCUCGUGCGGCAAGGAUGGAAAGGAAAAGGGACUGCCCUGAAGCAUGGACACGCGACCCGGCCCCUGCCCGUCGUGCAGAAGAAGACGAUGAGCGGUAUCGGCAAGGACCGUGACGAGGCCAUCCCCUUCUGGGACCACAUCUUCGCCUCUACCGCAGCCUCUCUAGCAUCCGCAGCUACGUCGGGCGCCUCAACGCCGACCACCACCGAACCUCCAAAGCCAGCGCUAAGCAUCGCCGCGCGGAGCAGCAAGGAAAUCGCGAAGCGCAAGCUUUACUCUGGCUUCUUCCGGAGCACCACCGCGAGCAAGGAGCAUACGCCGCGGGCCACAGACGAUGAGGAGAGCUCGGGGAGCUCCAGUGAGGGGGCCGUGGAAGUGGUGGUAGAUGAGACGAUGGCUGUGAAGACACCCUCCGACGCCGCGGAGAGCUCGUCGAAAGCCGUCCGGCGGGCAGAGAAGGCGGCGCGCAAGGAGGAAAAGGCCGCCCGCAAAGCGGAGAAAGUGGCGAGGAAAGCUGAGGCCGAAUCAAAGCUCACAUCCCAAAACGAUGAAUCUGCGGAAGGGGAGAGUAAGGAGGAACACCGGGCGCGCCGCGAUGCACGCCGAGGCGAGCGAGCCGCCAAGCUCGCGUCGCGGGCGGCUAAGCAGGCCGAGCGGGGGGAUAAGGAAGCGCGGCGGGCGGCGCGCCAGGCCAAGAGACGAGACAAGGAGGCGCGGAAGGAGAGGAAACGCGCGCUCAAGGCCAAGGCUUGA